CUCUGGCCAACUUUUAAGGCAGAAGGAUGAUAUAAAACCAAGCUCUGCUUACCAGCAAGGCACCUUCUCUUGUGUUAGGAGCACAUAGAGUUUUCCACCAUGAGCUUCACUGGAAAAUACCAGCUCCAGCACCAGGAAAACUUUGAGCCCUUUAUGAGAGCCCUCGGGCUCCCUGAGGACCAGAUCCAGAGGGGCAAGGACCUCAAGAGCAUCUCAGAAAUUGUGCAGGAUGGGAAAAAGUUCACUAUUACUGUGACCACUGGCUCCAAAGUGGUGAAAAACCAGUUCACCAUUGGAGAGGAGAGUGACAUAGAGAUGCUGAAUGGAGAGAAAGUGAAGGCUGUUGUGCAGAUGGAGGGUAACAACAAACUGGUCACACAGGUGAAAGGGAUGAAAUCUGUCACGGAGCUCAACGGAGACACCAUCACCUACACAAUGACCAUGGGUGACCUCACCUUGAAGAGAGUCAGCAAGAGAAUCUAGAAAGAUUAUAUAUGCCAAUAAUUUACUAUGUAAAAUGUGGCCAUUAAAAUAAAAAUUUUAUUGAGUC